AAGAAGAAGCAGCGGAAGUAGACAAACAGCAGCAGUGAACUAGCAGACAUGCAUUUCCUCACUAAAACACCUUGUAUUUACUGGCGGAUAUGUCAGCUUGGGAACACACAGAUCAACACAGCGACUCCGCAGACAAUAAGGAACUUAUUUAACCAGCUCAGGAGCCUGUCUCACCUGGCGGGGGCUCGUCCGGUUCCUGCUCUGCAUCCCAUCUGUCAACGUCCCAUCAAAUGGUGUGAGAGCAGAGCUGAUGGAGAGAGGUGGAGGAAACACAUCCACAUGACUCCAACCAGGCUGGAGACACCAGCUCCUGGACACAUAAGCAGGGAGCUGUCUGAAGCAGAGUAUGAGAAGCUGGCAGACGAGACACUAGAUGCUCUGACUGAUUACUUUGAAGACCUGAUGGAUGAAGAUUUCACUGGAGCAGAGUACGAUGUUGUCUUCUCUAGCGGUGUGUUGACGGUGAAGGUGGGCAGCGACCACGGCACCUACGUCAUCAACAAACAGACUCCAAACAAACAGAUCUGGCUCUCUUCUCCCUCCAGCGGGCCGAAGCGCUACGACUGGACCGGAGAGCGCUGGGUCUACUCUCAUGAUGGGAACAGUCUCCACCAGCUGCUCUCUAAAGAGUUCUCCAUCAUCUUCAAUAGAAACAUGGACCUGUCUGAGCUGCUCUACUCCUAAGGAGCCAUCUGCAGUACAGUCACUGAUAACUCACACAGAAUAUCUACAACUCCACAAUAACUCACCAACAUUAGCCCUGGGCAGAGCAGUUAUCUAUAAUGUAGUCUAGACAGAAUUGUCCAAAAAGUGAAAGUGAGGAGCAUUUAUGGGUACAAGUCAGGAACUGGCCUACUUUACUUAUUUCAAGGGUGCUGAAUCCAAAAAAAAUGGUU